AGGCGUUCCCUCCUCCAGGAAGCCUUCCCUGAUUGUCAGGCUUGAGUCAAGUCCUUCCCUCUAUCAGAACACUGACCACAUGGAAAUGACAUGUUCCAGUAGACCCUAACGGCGUCUCUUCCUGGCCCAGAAACGCUUGUUCCCAAGCACGAGAGAGCCAUGGGCAGCCUGCAAGGGAGCGUCGUGGCCCAUCUCCUCUGGACGCUGCUGCUCUGGAGUGGGGACAGCAGCUGUCAGGCCCAGAGGGCAGGUUGCAAAAGCGUCCACUACGACCUGGUCUUCCUCCUGGACGCCUCCUCGAGCGUGGGCAAGGAGAACUUCGAGAAGGUCCGGCAGUGGGUGGCCAACCUGGUGGACACGUUCGAGGUGGGCCCGGACCGCACCCGCGUGGGCGUCGUGCACUACAGCGACCGGCCGACCACUGCCUUCGAGCUGGGCCGCUUCGGCUCACGGGCCGAGGUCAAGGCGGCGGCGCGGCAGCUGGCCUACCACGGCGGCCACACGCACACGGGCGACGCGCUGCGCUACGUCACGCGGCACAGCUUUGCGCCGUGGGCCGGCGGCCGCCCCGGGGACCGCGCCUUCAAGCAGGUGGCCAUCCUGCUGACCGACGGCCGCAGCCAGGACCUGGUGCUGCCCGCCGCCGCUGCCGCGCACCGCGCGGGCAUCCGCAUCUUCGCCGUGGGCGUGGGCGAGGCGCUGCGGGAGGAGCUGGAGGAGAUCGCCUCCGAGCCCAGGGCCGCGCACAUCUUCCACGUGUCGGACUUCGACGCCAUCGACAAGAUCUGGGGCAAGCUGCGGCGCCGCCUGUGCGAGAACGUGCUCUGCCCCAGCGUUCGUGUAGAAGGAGAUCGCUUUAAGCACACCAAUGGCGAAAGCAAGGAAAUCACAGGUUUUGACCUGAUGGAUUUGUUCAGUGUGAAGGCGACCUUGGGGGAGAGAGAGAACGGGGCGCAGAGUUCCUACGUCCGGAUGGGAUCCUUCCCUGUGGUGCAAAGGACUGAGGAUGUGUUCCCGCAAGGCUUGCCUGAUGAGUACGCCUUUGUCACCACCUUCCGGCUCCGGAAGAUGUCUCGGAAAGAAGACUGGUAUAUCUGGCAGGUCAUCGACCAGUACGGCAUCCCGCAGGUGUCCAUCCGGCUGGACGGCGAGAACAAGGCCGUGGAGUACAACGCUGUGGGUGCCAUGACGGAUGCCGUCAGGGUGGUCUUCCGAGGUCCGCGGGUCCAUGACCUUUUCAACCGGGACUGGCACAAGUUGGCCCUGAGCAUCCAGGCCCAGAACGUCUCCCUGUACAUAGACUGUGCGCUGGUGCAGACACUGCCCAUCGAGGAGAGGGAGAACAUCGACAUUCAGGGGAAGACCGUGAUCGGCAAGCGCCUCUAUGACAGCGUGCCCAUCGACUUUGACCUACAGCGGAUCGUGAUUUACUGUGACUCCCGACACUCGGAACUGGAGACGUGCUGUGACAUCCCCUCGGGCCCGUGCCAGGUGACCGUGCUGACGGAGCCCUCACCCCCACCCCAGCCGCCUCCCACCUCCGGCAGUGAACAGAUCGGGUUUUUGAAGACUAUCAACUGCUCCUGCCCAGCUGGAGAAAAGGGUGAAAAGGGCUUUGAUGGCCCAGUGGGACUCCCCGGCCCAAAGGGGGACAUGGGAGCCCCUGGGCCGGCUGGAGCUCCUGGACCCAAGGGAGAGAAAGGAGAUACGGGCAGAGGACCUUUUGUCCAAGGAGAAAAGGGUGAAAAGGGUUCCCUGGGCCUGUCGGGUCUCCCUGGGAGAGACGGCAGCAAAGGCAUGCGGGGGGAGCCGGGAGAGCCAGGAGAGCCGGGGCUGCCCGGGGAGGUGGGCAUGCGGGGUCUCCACGGAGAACGAGGUGACAAGGGAGCCCGAGGAGAAAAGGGGGAGAGAGGCCUGGAUGGAUUCCCCGGGAAGCACGGGGACACUGGAAAGCAGGGAAGACCCGGCCCUCCUGGCGUGCCAGGGCCCCAGGGAGAAAAGGGUGCCGUGGGGCCGGCAGGACCUCCCGGGGUACCGGGCUCGGUGGUGCAGAGAGAGGGCCUGAAGGGCGAGCAGGGAACCCCGGGACCACGAGGUCACCAGGGCCCUCCUGGGCCACCAGGCGCUCCGGGUCUGAUGGGUCCAGAAGGCAAGGAUGGACCUCCUGGUUUGCCAGGUCUCCGAGGAAAGAAAGGUGAGACCGGCCCUCCUGGAAUCCCUGGAUUGCUGGGGCAGCAGGGCCCCCCAGGACCACCUGGCAUCCCAGGCCCCCCUGGACCCGGAGGCCCCCCGGGUUUGCCUGGAGAGAUCGGCUUCCCAGGAAAACCCGGGCACCCUGGGCAGGCGGGACCUCCUGGAAAGGAUGGGCUGAACGGACCCCCAGGCCUGCCAGGACCCAAGGGAGACCGGGGAGACAGAGGGGCGGACGGUUUGCCCGGACAGCCUGGCCCGCGGGGAGCUGGGGAGCAGGGCCUGGCCGGCCGACCUGGAGACAAGGGAGAGGCAGGGCUCCCAGGCGUGAGGGGAGAGAAAGGAGAACAGGGAGAGAAAGGGGAACUGGGACUCCCGGGACCGAAAGGUGACCGAGGUGCACAGGGUGAAACGGGUCCAGCAGGCCCCCCGGGAUUACCUGGAACUGGAGGACAAGGGCCCAAAGGAGAGAAGGGCAAUCCCGGCGCGCCUGGGGAAGCGGGAUCACAGGGUCAUCCUGGAGAACUGGGGCCUCGGGGACCCAUUGGACCACCGGGUGCCAAGGGGCAGGAAGGCGCGCAGGGGCCGCCCGGAGCAGCUGGGAGCCCCGGCGCUCCUGGACCUGUAGGUCCCCCUGGUUCCCGUGGCCCCCCAGGAAGUGCGGGCCCCCCGGGCACCAGAGGCCCCCCUGGGAAACAUGGGGAGCGCGGUGAGAAGGGAGCAGUGGGAGAAGAAGGAAGGCCAGGGCCAGGUGGCCCCAGGGGCGAUCCUGGUGCCCCUGGGCUCCCGGGGCCGCCCGCAAGAGGGAAAGAUGGAGAACCGGGACCACCUGGACCACCUGGACCACCUGGGCCACCUGGACCACCUGGAUCUAAGGGGGACCGUGGUGCACCUGGGAUCCCCGGCUCUCCUGGCAACCACGGAGACCCGGGCGUUGGGGUCACUGGCCCUCCUGGCCCCUCUGGACCACCAGGAGAAAAAGGGCCUCAGGGGUCUCAAGGCCCACCUGGAUUCCCCGGUCCCCAGGGACCAGCUGGCCAAGACGGUGUACCUGGAAACCCAGGAGAAAGGGGGCCUCCUGGCAAACCAGGCCUCUCUCCACUACUGUCUCCAGGGGACAUAAAUCUCUUGGUUAAGGAUGUGUGCAGUGACUGUCCCCCAGGUCCCCCAGGCCUCCCUGGUCUGCCAGGUUUUAAAGGGGACAAAGGUCUCCCGGGAAAGCCAGGGAGAGAAGGCACAGAAGGGAAAAAGGGAGAUGCUGGGCCCAGAGGCCUCCCAGGGCCCCCAGGAAAAGAUGGACCACAGGGAAAUAAAGGAGAACGUGGUGCAGAUGGUGAGACUGGACAGAAAGGUGAUCAGGGUCAUCCAGGAGUUCCAGGUUUCAUGGGGCCCCCAGGGAACCCUGGGCCACCGGGGGCAGGUGGAAUUGCCGGAGCUGCGGGACCGCCAGGAAUCCAAGGAUCCCCGGGGAAAGAAGGUCCUCCUGGCCCCCAAGGCCCAUCUGGAUUACCCGGAAUCCCAGGAGAAGAAGGGAAAGAAGGCAGAGGUGGAAAACCAGGGCCCCCUGGAGAGCCGGGCAAAGCAGGAGAGCCAGGUCUGCCAGGACCGGAGGGUGCCCGCGGUCCCCCUGGCUUCAAGGGACACACAGGCGACUCUGGCCACCCUGGCCCCCGGGGAGAGCCUGGGGCCGUGGGGCCCGCUGGCCGGGAAGGGUCACCGGGAAAAGAUGGUGACAUUGGACCCACAGGGCCACAGGGUCCCCGAGGACUGAGGGGCUUACCGGGUAAGAACGGAUCGCCUGGAUCUCCAGGAGACCACGGCACUCCAGGCCAGCCCGGCCAGAAGGGAACCAGAGGAGAAGACGGCAGCCCAGGGCUCCCUGGCUUCCUGGGUCCCAGUGGGCCGCAGGGUGAGCCGGGAGAGAAGGGAGUCCCAGGCAAGGAGGGCGCCCCUGGGAAGCCGGGAGAGCCGGGACCCAGAGGAGAAAGGGGAGAUCCUGGCAUCAAAGGUGACAAAGGACCCCCCGGUGGGAAGGGCCAGCCUGGAGACCCUGGGAUCCCAGGCCACAAAGGUCACACAGGCCUAAUGGGACCCCAGGGACUACCUGGGGAGAACGGGCCGGCCGGGCCGCCGGGGCCCCCGGGCCAGCCAGGAUUUCCAGGACUGAGGGGGGAGUCUCCAUCCAUGGACAUCCUGCGGCGGCUCAUCCGAGAAGAAGUGGAGAAGCAGCUGGAAACCAAACUCGCCUACCUCCUGGCCCAGAUGCCCUCAGCGCACACCAAGGCCUCUCAAGGCAGACCCGGGCCCCCAGGGCCCCCUGGAAAAGAUGGGCUUCCAGGUCGGGCAGGCCCCAUGGGGGAGCCAGGACGGCCUGGGCAGGGGGGUCUGGAGGGACCCUCUGGGCCCAUAGGUCCCAAAGGUGAGCGAGGAGCCAAAGGUGACCCAGGUGAACCUGGAGUUGGCCUCCGAGGCCAGGUGGGGCCUGCCGGGAUCCCAGGUCAACCCGGGGAACCUGGCUAUGCUAAAGAUGGGCUGCCCGGGGGUCCCGGUCCUCAAGGGGAGACAGGACCAGCUGGACACCCUGGCCCCCCAGGACCCCCCGGCCCCCCUGGCCAGUGUGACCCCUCCCAGUGUGCCUACUUCGCCAGCCUCGCUGCUGCUCGACCUGGUAAUGUGAAGGGCCCCUAGAAGAGUCCCGAAUGCCAGGAGACGGCGGUGGAUUUCUGAAACUUGAACGCAGAGCCCGAUGGGAAGCAGAGGUCUUGAGACAUUUCAGCCUUGUGGGUUUUUUUUUCUUUCUUUCUUUUAUCAUUUGUUUUUGUCUUAUUUUCUUGAGAGACCUCAACAUUAUUAAAACCAACAGAUGCUGCCGGUCGGUCAGAUUAUUAUUA